AUGGCGUGCGGUCACAUAUUCACAAACACUGCCACAACAUGUGGCUUGCGGCCCAUCUCAAGAUUACGUUCAUAUUCACGCUCUCGCCCAAGAUCAUGUACGCCCAGCGUCAAAACUCAACAUCUCAACGACACGUGUGCAGCGUGUGAUCCAGCGGCUCGGAGGCGCCGUGUUCGGCAGGAUUACGAAAGCCGGAACGCCGAGCUCAUGGAGCUGUACAUGGCGGCCAAACGGACGGGCGAUGGAAACGCCAUGAUGCAGGUGGAACGUCUAGUUAUGGAGAAUUCCAUGAAUACUAUGGAGCGCAACUUUGAAAUCAGCGUGCCUUAUCAAGAGGAGGAUGUCAUGUGGUGGGAAAUGGACUGA